GUUCUGUUAUGUAAAAACAAUAAUAAUAAUAAUCUUUUUUUUUUUUUUUUUUUUUUUUUUUACAAGGGAACGACUUUUUUCAUGCCGCUGCUCAUGAAGACUCAUAUAUGCCUAUGUGCAGAGCUCUGUGCCCUGGAGGAUUAAGGGGUAGGUUGAGCUGAACUCUUUGGCGACUCUCGGAUUUGUCAGCUGCCUCACAUAUUGCUGGGAGCAGAGGAUCCCUGCCUACAGUCAGCUUUUCACAUGAAUACCACUCAGGAUGCUCCCAAAGGAAAUACACUAAACAAGUUUGCCACUUUUUCAGUCCUUGAUGAUAAUGAAGAGGAUGCCUCAUUCCAGCUGCCACUGGAGCAACACUUGAUGAAAUGAAAAACUGUUAAAUGCUCGUCACAGCUCGGCCUCCGGUGUGACCGAGGCGCUUCACACGCAUGGCAUUUGUGGUCAUCGACGCAACUGACGAGCCUCUUGCUCGGCUUGAUGAAUGCAUGUUGGAGAUAUAUAGUGGCUGUGGAGUUGUCCCAUCUGUCGUCUGUUUCAUCUGCCUUUUGUUUGGCUUCAUCUAUUGCUUCCUGGGGUAUCGCUGUUUUAAGAUGAUCAUCUUCUUUUCCGGCUUCUUGUCUGGAUCGGCAUCUGUCUUCUGGCUGUAUCACAUCAAGCCUGUAUCGGAAGCUCACACAGGGACCGAGACCAAAGCCGGAAUCAUCCUGGGUGUCGGGGUGCUCUGCGGCUUGGCAAGCCUACUGGUGACCACGCUGGGUCUCCUCCUGUGCGGCCUGCAGUUGAGCGGCUUGUUCUGCUGCGCCACCCUGGUGAUCUUUAGUCAGUUCCACAACGUCGUGCCAACAUGGAUGCCCCUCAGCGUCAUCAUGGCCUCCAGCGUUUGCGCGGCUGUGCUCGCAUUGCGGUGGCAAAGACUGUUCAUCAUCACAUAUACAUCUGCCUUUGGUGCUACCACUGUGAUGCUGUGCGUAGAUUAUUUUGUGGGUGCCUUCAUGCUGCUCGAUCAGGUUUAUGAUAUGUUUAGUCAAAAAUCACCACUUCCACUCUGCUGGUUCAACUGGGCCACCACUGGAAUCGGCCCACUUCUUGGUGCGAUCAGCAUGUUGGCACAGUGGAAGUGUACUGCUAAAGGAGUGUUUCAUACUGAGUCUAUGCUUCCAAAAAAGAAGAAACCUGCCAAAAAGCAUAAAUACAAAGAGUGCAGAAGAAGGCCUCAACAUUACCGUCAACGGAGGCCUCCGCUCCUAAAACGCUAUGCUGGGGAUGUCCUCGCGCCGAGUCAUCUCCAGAGCCUGCGGGAGCGGCAGGAGGGAAAGGGCUCCUCAACCGACAACAUCAGCACUGUCACACACAUGCUCAUUGAGUUUGAAACAGGCUCCGUGGUGCCUUUGAAUACAUACUCACCAGCCUGUAUGGUGUAAAGGGGCAGGGAAUAAGAGAACUGGACAGUCCAGUUCUUGGACUUUAUGCAGCAUGGUGUAAGCAGAUAAACAUUUUGUUGAAUGAUAGGUAUGAAAAUUUUCAACAUUACCCCCCCGUCAACAUGUCAUAGGACUCUACUACAGAGAUGCAAAAUGUGUGUCAUGUGUAAGUUUCACUAUCACAUGUAACAAACUGGAAUAAACAACAAACAAUAUAGAAUUUUUAUUUAAAUACAUUUUUUAAUUCAGAGAUUUGUUAACAACACCAAACACAAAUGGAAAUAUUGAUAACUGUUUAUAUAUACAGUACUGUGCAAAAGUUUUAGGCAGGACACCUGCUUAAAACUUUUGCACAGUACUGUAUAUAUAUUUUUUUAAUUAUUAAAUUUAUUAGCAUCAUGGAAGCUUCCA